CUUAAGCUUUGAGACGUACCUGAUUGCACGACACGCCAGUCUGUGCCAGUUGUUGCAGACAUAGCCACCAAACAAGAUUCCCUUACUCCUGAAACCGACCAUCCUUUUCAGGUUAACAUGGCCGCCGUAUCACGAGUCCAUGUGAUCUUUGUACUCGUGUGCUUUGUGCUGUUCCAAGCUGCGGAAGCACGUUGCCCCGAUGGUUGUGAUUGUGAGCCAGGAAUUUUUCCUGUCGACGUGACUUGUACUGGAGAGAAGAUUUUGAGCAUACCCCAAAAUAUACCCAUCUUCACCACCUCUCUAACCAUCACCAAUACCGGCAUCACUGAGGUCCGUGCUGAUGAUCUGAAAGCUCUAAAACGGCUUAGAACCCUCCUGCUGCCAAAUAACAAGAUAUCAACAAUCGAUGCAGGUGCAUUCGACGAACUCAGCCGCCUUGAGUUUUUCGAUAUCUCCGGUAACGUCUUAGAUUCGUUUCCCUCUGGGCUGUUCAAGAACUGCCGGCUCCUCAAGGAACUGAACGGAGCCUCUAACCACAUUUCUUCAUUACCUGAAGAUUUGUUGUCAGGUUUAGCUCACAUCGAGUCAUUGAAUUUGUAUGACAACAAUAUCACCGUCCUCAGCCCAAAUAUUUUCAAAGAUACAUCAAGACUGAACAGCCUAGACCUUAGCAAUAAUAAAAUAACGAAGAUAUCGAAAACUCUCUUUUCCAACACACGGUUAAACAAAAUUGUACUGAACGACAACAUGAUAUCUACCAUUGAUGACGGUGCAUUUGCAGGAAUGGAAACACUAGGUAGUAUAGAUAUCUAUCUCCACAAUAACCAGUUAACAUCCGUUACAAACAAUACUUUCAAGAUAAGCGAACGGGGAGGAAUAGAAACGUUGACCCUUCAUGACAACAAGAUAGCAACUUUGGAAUCAGGAUCACUUGAAAGUGCAGACCAAAUGUCAGAACUGGAUCUCAGCUACAACAUGCUAGCCCAAGUUUCUUUGCCAGGGUUAAGAUCAAUUGAAACAGUGUCUUUGAACAGUAACAAGUUAAAACGCCCUCCAGCAGGACUCAGUGACGCCGCCGAAACAUUGACGACUUUAGACCUCUACGAUAAUGAGAUGGAUGAGAUUCCCGCUGGUGCCUUUCAGGGUUUAAGGAACCUUAACCGUUUAAAUCUUGCAAAUUCCCUCAAGGUCAACGGUACACUUAACGCACAGGCCUUUUGCAACCUUCGCUCCCUAGAGUCUCUGGUUUUAGAUGAGGAUCAUUUGCAGUCUGUUCCCACCGACGCUUUGAAUUGCAUAACAACCUUGACAUCCCUGACACUGUCUUACAACCGGAUAGACAACGUCACUUCUGACUUCGGCAAGUCUUCCAAUCUACUAGAGCUGUACUUAAAGGAUAACAGCAUCAGUAUGGUACCUAUCAAUAUCCUCAUGCCCUACACAAACCUGGUUCGGAUUGAUAUGACUUCUAACUCAAUCACCCACCUGUCUAGCAAUUCGUUCCCAAAUACCAAGUUGGCUACCCUUGUACUAGAAGGUAACCACAUCAGCUUUAUCGAAAGCGGUGCUUUUGUCGGCCUGUCUAGUUUGGAAACAGUUAACCUUGCCAACAAUCAAGCCAGCUAUCUGCCUGGUAACAUUUUCUCGGGCUUCAAAAACUUGAGCAAAGUGUCGCUUGACAACAACCCCUGGGCAUGUGAUUGUUUAAUGAAGGAUUUCGCCCGCUGGCUUAACAUGUCAGACCCAAUGCUCGAGAUUGAAGUUGAAUGCCGCUCUCCUUCUAAGUACUUCGGAAAGAAGUUACGUGACUUGGACGUUGAUGAACUCACUUGUGACGACUGUAAACCACAAACGUCCGCGCCAAAGAUCGACCAAUCAGGGGGGCAGGUGCAAGGUACUGUGGGUAAAGACACAGUCCUGACGUGUAACGUGACGGCCUGUCCUCAGGCAGAAAUCUUCUGGACAAUUCCUCAGUCUCCUGGAGUAGAGCUGUCCAAGUAUUCCACUCAGUACAAUAAGUUCCAAGUGAACAAUUUGAAUGGAACAUUAACUGUGAAGAACACCAUUGCCAGCGAUGCCGGGGAUUAUCACUGUAAGGCAUUCAAUGGUCUGGGCUCUGAUUCUAAGGUUGUGAAGCUAACCGUUAUGUAAGUUCAAGCUGAGUAGAAAUAUCCUGCCUGGUUACGAUGUACUUAUCACUUUGUGACCCUGUGUUUGAAAUUAUAAAAAUGCACUGUAUAUAUAGUAAGGACUUAAAAUGAUGGCGAAACAUUUCCCACAUUUUAUGGCGUCUGAAGACGAUUUUACUGU